UAUCGGAUUUGCUCACGCCAAGAUCCGGUUCGUAUCCGGAAAGUGCAGGGGUAAAAUGGACCGGCAGUGAUGAAACCCUAGUCCUAAAACCUUUGCAAUCGAUUCGUCCGUUGGAUUCCGAUUUAACUAUUACCGGCGGAUAGGACUCGGUGAAAUGUACGGAUCGGCGAAUGUCCCCGACGACUCUGAGCGAACAGCGUUCAGAAAAGCCGAGAAGAAGUACAAGCUAUACUACGACGACAGUUCCAAAUCCUCCAAAAAGAGAAGACAACCAAAACAAGUGGAUUUAUCGGAGGUCCUCGAUUUCAAGUCCAUUCUAGAAUCUUACCGUCAGAACGGUGACCUUCCUCCAGGAAUCGUCGCUCUUCAUAGCGAUUUCGAUCGUCCCCUGUUCUGCUUGGAAAGUCGCCCUGGGUUUUACUUCAUUCCUGAAGUGUUGAGUAUAGAAGAACAGUGCCAAUGGAUAAGGGAGAGCUUAACCACUUUCCCUCAGCCUCCAAACAGAACAAAUCACGAUGCGUUUUAUGGGCCGGUAAAUGACUUGUUUGUUGCUGCAAAAGAAAAGAAAGUCUUGGUUGAAGAAGCGAGUGUUCCCACUAGUUUGGAGUCCAAAUGUAAUCCUUCCAUCAGCAAUGGGGAUGUCCAUAGAUGGAAGUUUUGUGAAAAACAUGAAGAGUCUUCAAGGGGGAACGCGUGCAAAUCAAUUUUGGCCUCUGUUCUUUUGCAGAAGUUGCGUUGGAGCACCCUUGGCUUGCAAUUUGACUGGUCCAAGCGGAACUACAACGUCUCUCUGCCACAUAACAAGAUCCCUGAUGCCCUCUGUCACCUGGCUAAAAGAAUGGCUGCACCUGCAAUGCCUAAGGGGGAAGAAUUCCAUCCAGAAGCAGCAAUAGUCAACUACUUUGGGAUGGCUGAUACACUUGGGGGCCACCUUGAUGACAUGGAAGCUGACUGGAGUAAACCUAUCAUAAGCUUGAGUUUGGGCUGCAAAGCUAUUUUCCUUUUGGGAGGAAAGUCUAGAGAGGAUCCUCCGUUAGCAAUGUUCCUUCGGAGUGGUGAUAUUGUUCUUAUGGCUGGAGAGGCAAGGGAAUGCUUUCAUGGCGUGCCCAGAAUCUUCACAGACAAAGAACAUGCUGAAAUCAACCCGUUUGAGUCGCAAUUUUCAGUUGAAGAUGAUAUUUGUUUCUUAGAAUAUAUCAGAACUUCAAGAAUCAACAUAAAUAUCAGACAAGUCUUUUGAGUUUGUUAUUGUUUCUCCACCAAAUUUUGUUCUUAAAAUAUAGAAUUUUUAGAGUGACAACUGACGCUUGAGGCGAAGGUGUAGACAAGUUGUGUGCAAGACGAUCUGUUCAUGAACUCGAUUUUGGACCGAAAUGUUUCAAACUGUGGGCACCAGAAGAAAAAAUAAAUAAAAAGAACGGAGAGAAGCGGUUAGAAAGCAAAAUAGCGGCCAGGAAUCAGACUCAGUUCAUGCAAUUAGAUGUGAGAAUUUUAUGUGCCCUUUUUGGGGUUUUGAUGAUCAUAUUGAUCAGACCACACUUUAAUAAUUACAUAGCAUUAUUCU